CGGUAUUGAGGUUGACCCGUUAUCUUAGGCGGGUUGAAGAAGACUAGAUAAACCGGUUUUGCCUAGUCUAAAAUCGGAGGGCGAAACCCCUCGAGCCGUCUUAUAACGGCAAGAAAGGCCUUUGGCAAGACGUCUUGACUUGAAGAUCUGCUGGGCUUGUCGUUCGCAACGCCACAUACACCGGAACCAUGAGUAAGUUGAUGUGGCAGAGCACAAGCUUUAACUGUGGCAACUGUGACAACAGUCUGACUGGACACCGCUACGUCAACCGCGAGUCCAACCACUACUGCUUGAAAUGUUACGAGAAGCUGUUCGCCUUCCCCUGCGAGCACUGCCACAAGAAGAUCGGCACUGACGUGAAGGAUCUUUCCUUUAACAACAAACAUUGGCACGAUGUUUGCUUCAACUGCUCCAAGUGCAUGAAGUCACUGGUGGACCAACAGUUCACCCAGAAGGGUGACAAGAUCUACUGUGCCCAGUGCCACAAGGAGACCUUCCUGGGAAAGUGUGAUGGAUGCAGGCAGCACUUCGACCCUGGUGACAAGAAGAUGGAGUAUAAGGGCCAGAACUGGCACGAGCGCUGUUUCACCUGUGUCCAGUGCAGGAAGCCCGUCGGCACCAACAGCUUCGUCCCGAAGGACGACGGCGUCAUCUGCCAGGUCUGCUACGAGGAUCGCUUCGCCAAGAAGUGCGACAAAUGCAAGAGGGUGAUUGCGCAUGGUGGCAUCACCUACAAGGACACUCCGUUCCACAAGGAGUGUUUCCUGUGCACCCACUGCAAGAAGGAGCUGGCUGGAGACCGCUUCACCUCCAAGGACCACAGCCCCUACUGCAUCGAGUGCUACGGAGACCUCUUCGCCAAGAAGUGCGCCCACUGCCGCAAGCCCAUCACUGGUCAUGGUGGAACCAAGUUCGUGUCUUUCGAGGACCAGAGCUGGCACAGCGACUGUUUCAACUGUUCCGGGUGCCGUACCUCUCUGGUGGGGAAGGGUUUCACGGCCGAGGAAGGACGCAUCCUCUGUCCGGACUGCACCAACCGCGAGGCCCAACGUUAAAGGACUCACCGAUUGCUACGUACCCUGUGGUUAGACAGAAUGGGGUAGCUCGCAAUCUGUUUUUUCGGGGAUCCAAGGCAGUCAGCCCGCCGAUCUCACAUUAGCGCUCUGGGGAGUUUAAGCCCAAAGGAGUUAAAGGUAGGUAGACUUUGUUCGGGCUAAAACUCCCCGGAGCGCUAAUAGGAAAUCGGCGGGAUGAAUUUCUUGAGACACCGAAUAAACUGCCCUAGCUUCCCGAUCUAGCUGGCCUCAUGGGAAAAUAUACGCAUCCUGGAAAAAAUGUAAUCUCCAAGCAGAUAUUGGGAGGCACAAUUGUUACUGUUUUAACUGUGGUACAUUUCUGUCUCCCUAAGGAGACUUUGUUACAGCUACUAACACAAUGAAAAACGUUACAAUUUUUACUCCAAACAUCUGCUUGGGGAUGAAAAACAGAGAACUCCAGGUAACGCAAGGGAUAAGUGAAAACGUUACCAUGACAACGUGUCAGAACGCAUAACGCAUGCGCGUCGUGAUGGUAAGGUUUUGUUUACCCUUUGCGUUACCCAUGAUUCCACGAUCCUUAAAAAGGUCUAUUGGCAACCAACAUUCUUACAGUUGAAACAUCAUUACAUAAUGCAGUAUGGUCAGCGUUGGCAUUAUCUAGGUACAGUAGACUUGUGAUAUCAUUAAUAUUGUGGCUAUAUGAUAGAUAGAUGAUCGUACGUUAUUCAUUGCUAAAGAUAUGAGCCUUUGCUGUGACAGAUUUUACAAAAAAAUUUGAAUCAAAUUCAGCUAGGAACUAGUAAAGGUUGCAGAGAUUUGAUAUCAGCUCUAGUACAAGAAUAUUAGAAUCAUUGUUUUCAUGUAAAAGAAUGCAGGCAAAGGCAUUAGAAUCAGAUAUCAACUUACAUUUAUUUCGCUUGACAAUAUGGUAAGACAGCGAUGCAAGUACAGUGGCUAAUAGAUUCAGAAAAAUAAUAGUUUUUUUGCAAAGAAAAUUGAUAUGACACUUCAAUCGCAAACGUACAAUGCAAAUAUGUUACGUACAGUAGAAAGCGAAAAGCAAUUGCUAGAAUGCUUAUCGAUUAUGAUGAGUUGAUAUACUGUUGAUGCUUGGUAUAACUGUAGCAUUUAACCAACAAUGAUGACGUAGAAUAUUGUAUAGUUACCGUGACAACAGUUAUAAAAUUAGAUUAUGAUAGAACAUUAAGUUUAAGUAUUACACUAGUACUUACAUGUUGCAGUUUGGUGCUAUGCUGGAAUUCGUCAUCAGCUUUUGCAAGGAAGAUAAUAAAAUGGAUUAAAGGGGUA